AACAUCACCACACAAACAAUUAAAAAGAUUAAUCUGAGACAAUAUGGCUUACGUGAACGGUUCUGUCGGUGGUGGUGUUAAGGAUCUCUAUGGUGAAGAUAGUGCUACAGAAGAUAAACUCAUCACACCAUGGAGUUUCUCUGUGGCUAGUGGAUGCACUUUGCUCAGAGAUCCACGUUACAACAAAGGUCUUGCUUUCACUGAGAAAGAAAGAGAUGCUCAUUACGUUCGUGGCCUUUUGCCUCCCGCUGUUUACACUCAAGAUCUUCAGGAAAAGAGAUUAAUGCAUAAUCUUCACCAAUAUGAUGUUCCUCUUCAUAGGUAUAUAGCCUUGAUGGAUCUUCAGGAGAGGAAUGAGAGGCUGUUUUACAAGCUUCUCAUCGACAAUGUCGAGGAAUUGUUACCGUUUGUUUACACUCCAACUGUUGGAGAAGCAUGUCAGAAAUAUGGAAGCAUUUAUAGGCGUCCUCAGGGUUUAUAUAUCAGUUUGAAAGAGAAAGGCAAGAUCCUUGAAGUUCUUAAGAACUGGGCGGAGAAAACUAUUCAAGUUAUUGUUGUGACAGAUGGUGAACGUAUAUUAGGACUAGGAGAUCUCGGUGCCCAGGGAAUGGGAAUUCCUGUUGGGAAGCUUUCUCUAUAUACUGCAUUAGGAGACAGAACCAUUACCUUAGGGAAAGCCACAAACCCGCCAAGACAAUGCCGAGGACAAAUGGUCAUCCAUAUCCAUUGUAAAAUGGCUGCUAUCGACAUUGUGCCAGAUCUGUUACCGUACUACUACCACAAGCUCAACAUGGAAUGGCAUUGA